AUGGUUGAUAUCAUGCCUACGACUACUCUUAUGGCUUCUCGACUGGAUCUCCUGUCAGAUGACCCAUUUUUUGAUGUCACUCCCUAUCGUAGUCUUGUCGGGGCUUUGCAAUACCUUACUAUGACACUCCCGGACCUCUCGUAUACUGUCAACUCCGUCUGCCAGUUAAUGCAUGCACCGACGGUUGCUCACUUUGGUUUGGUAAGGCAAAUACUUUGCUAUGUCCGUGGUACCCUUGACCAUGGACUCCGUAUUGUACACGAUAGCACUCUAGAUUUGUUUGCCUUCUCAGAUUCGGAUUGGGCGGGGUGUCCGGUAACCCGACGCUCUACGACAGGCUUGUGUACUUUUUUGGGCUCCAACUACAUUUCUUGGAGUGCCAAGAAACAGCCUACUAUCGCUCGUUCUAGCACGGAGGCUGAGUACCAUGCUAUGGCCUCUACUACAGCUGAGUUAAUGUGGUUGGCAUUUCUACUCCGUGAUAUUGGUAUUCCCCAGCCCCGUCCUGCGUUACUUUUUUGUGACAACCUUAGCGCCUUACAUAUGACUGUUAAUCCGGUUCUCCAUGCUCGUAUGAAGCAUAUCGAGGUGGAUUAUCAUUUUGUUCGUGAGAAGUUGGCUCUUGGUUCACUUGUCACUCGUUUUGUUCCUUCCAAUCAUUAG